AAGUUUGAUGACACUUGACCUUCUGACUAGCAUUGGUAUUAAUGGAUCUCCAAAAAGGCCCGUAGUACACGGUCACCCAGGUAGUGGUCUUUCCAAUUAGUCCCCAGCUUGAAAAAAGGAAGACGGUCGUUCCUUAUUUUUCAAAGGUCUUCCGUCGCAUGAUGUCGCAAGCUAACCUAGUCGAGAAGAAAGCUGACGAGCGGCUUCCAGGCAUUUACGACCGCACAUCCACAACGAAGAAGCUUUCGAAGGCCAAGACUAUCGCAUUCAAGAUCGCACUCGUUACACUCGCAAUCUUUGCUUCAACGUACUUCGUCAAAAGACCCUUUAACGCUUUCCCUGUCGGUACCCUCGAGGAUGGCGUAGAUUUAUGUCCGCAGGUGGAUGAACUUGUCCCUGAGAAGAAUGGGGUAAUCUGGGAGAGUCUUCAACACACGUACGGUACUGAGGCGUUCAAAGCGAGAGCCAUAGAUUGGCUUGGGGGAGCUGUGCGAAUUCCGACAGAAACGUUCGAUAACAUGGGAGAUGUGACAGAGCCCGUUUGGGAGAAGUUUUUCCCGUUACAUGAUUAUCUGAAAGACUCGUUUCCUUUACUUCACUCAAAUUUGGAACUUACGAAAGUCAAUACAUACGGACUGUUAUACGUAUGGAAAGGCUCAGACAAUGCUUUGAAGCCAUUCCUCCUCGCUGCUCACCAAGACGUUGUCCCUGUCUUAGAAACGACGAUUGACGAAUGGCAGCAUCCUCCAUUCUCUGGGUACUUUGAUGGGGAGAAACUUUGGGGUCGCGGGUCGUGCGAUGAUAAAAGCGGUUUAAUCGGGAUUAUGUCUGCGAUUGAAUCUAUGCUAGAGAAUGGCUUCAAGCCGACUCGCACGGUCGUGAUCGCGUCAGGUUUUGACGAGGAAGUAAGCGGAGAGCGGGGCGCGUCUUCCUUAGCUACCAAAAUGCUGGAGAGGUUUGGAGAAAAUGCCUUUACCAUGCUUCUCGACGAAGGCGCUGGGUACGGCGACGUAUAUGGUCGUGUUAUUGCAGUACCUGGAAUUGGCGAGAAAGGUUCGUUGAACGUCCGAAUCACAGUUACAUCUCCCGGUGGCCAUUCGAGCCUUCCUCCACCUCGUACUAGCAUUGGCAUGCUUGCGGAGCUUCUCGUCCAGUAUGAGAAAAACCCCUUCGAGGUCCACCUGACAAGAGGGUCACCGACUUACCGGAACGCUCAGUGCAUGGCUCAACACGCACCAGGCGUCAGUUCAUCACUAAAGGAACACAUGUUGCGCGCAGAGCACUGUGAUGGAGCACUUCGUGCCGCUGAGCAGGAACUCUUUAAGAAUCGUGCUUUUAUGAGUCUUGUUGGUACCACUCAGGCUAUCGAUCUCGUGGACGGUGGAGUGAAGGUAAAUGCUCUCCCAGAACAGGCGUGGGCCAUCGUGAAUCACCGGGUUUCUACUGAAAGUUCUAUCUCCGCCACAAAAGUGCGCGACAUCGAAUUGCUGGAAUCUAUCGCAAACGACUUCAAUCUAUCUUACACAGCCUUUGGUUCCCAUAUUUCCAACGAGGAUGCACCUUCAUAUGGCACCUUGACCCUCUCCACUGCGUUUGGUGAGGGCUUGGAGCCAGCACCGGUCACUCCGUCUGGUGAAGACGCUGCGCCGUUCCAGCUUUUAUCUGGGAGUAUCAAAGCAGCCUACAACUCCCAUAGAAAUAUUUCUGGUUCAGAUGCAAUCAUCGUGAGCCCAGGUAUCAUGUCCGGUAACACAGAUACACGGUUCUAUUGGAAGUUGACUGACCAUAUUUUCCGGUAUAAUCACCUGGGGGGAGCUGACAGUGGAUCGCUUCCUUCCGGCGUCCACACAAUCAACGAAGCAAUCUCCAUCAAUAGCUUCGUUGAGAUGAUCCGAUUCUACACCACUUUGGUUCUCAACGUAGACGAAUCGUCCCUUCCUUAGGGUAGCCUCAAGUUAUGUGUCAAAAUAUUACUGGAGGGUUUGCCAUGUGAUACAUAUACACGUCACUGUGAUCAUACAGCAAUGAGCAAUUUCCCUCGCUCACAGACUCCUAACAUAUCUGAGAUCUAUGA